AUGGCCUCAACUGCCUUCAAUGCGACCAACCAUGGACUCCAGAUUGGAAACAACCAGGGUUCAAUCACAGCAGAAUUCCAUGUCCCACGGGCGUACACCACCGAAGACAUCGACCGAAUGUGUCUCCAUGCUUUGCGGUGCUCGGACUCCCUAGUUGUCAAGAAUCGGCUGAAAGAGAGCAAGGACAAGUUGGUUCACCAGUCCAUCCGCUGGAUCCUGCAAGACCCGCAGUACAAGGUUUGGGAAAAUGGAGAUGAGGUCGGUCUGCUUUGGAUCAAGGGAGGCGCUGGCAAGGGGAAGACCAUGUUGUCCAUCGGCCUGAUCGAGGAGCUCGCCCGGGUGCAGGAUGAAUCGACUGUGGUGAUUUAUUUUUUCUGCCAGAAUGCUGACUAUGAGCUAAAUACCCUGGAAGCCAUUCUUAAGGGACUGAUGCUACAACUGGUAAAUCAGCAAACGGAGCUUAAAGAAUUGCUCCGUCGCCGUUGGGACACCAUGCAGGAGGGCUUUAGCGAGGAUGUAACCUCGUGGCAAUCACUGUGGAACAUCCUUUUUGAGAUGCUGGCCCGGUGCAAGUACUCAAGGGUAUAUAUGGUUGUUGAUGCUCUCGAUGAGUGUCAGGAUGACGGCGUGGCUGACUUCCUCAAAUCCAUCGUCCGAAAGGGACUGGAUCAUCCCGCCAAGAUCAAGUGGUUGUUGACAAGCCGACCAUGGGACGGCGCAGAGCGGGUCUUAUUAGCUGGUCAUGACCAGGUGCAAAUCAGUCUGGACGGGGAGCACAAUUCUCAAUCUGUUUCUGGGGCUGUCAAGGCUUAUAUUACUUCGAAAGUGGAGGAGCUCAGUCGCCAGCACAGAUAUGGAGCGACCCUGAAGAGCGAGAUAGAGACCGAGCUUACUGAAAGAUCGGAGGGUACUUUUUUAUGGGUAAGCUUGGUGUGCAAGUCACUUGAGAGUGUCUGCCGCGAUGAGGCUCUGUCCACCGUUCAAAACCUGCCGCCAGGUCUACAUCCUUUCUAUGAACGAGUAUUGAACCAGCUCAAUGAGGGCGAGCGGGCUGAAGUACAGAAGUGUAUGCGACUGCUCAAGGCCAUGAUGACGGUAUACCGACCUUUGAAAGUGGAGGAAGUUCCUAGUGUGAUUGGCCUAACUGAUAAAGAGGACACCAUUCGAGCAUUGGUGGAUUGCUGUGCUUCAUUCAUCCGAUUGCGAGAAGACAACAUCGAGUUUGUUCAUCAGUCCGCUCGAGAUUACUUAGCUGGAGAGAAUGGGCUGUCUAUACUCGACUCGCAUGAACGCUUCGGACAUGAAGAAAUUGUCCUAGCUUGUCUAUCUUAUUUAUCUGACUGUCUCAAACCCAACCUCGUCAAACUGCCACGGCCUGAUGCCACGAGAGACUCUGUGAAAACUCUGGAAAAUGGACCAAGGAAUGGCUUACUGUCCCGUGUGGACUAUGCAGCCCUGUUCUGGGUGUCUCAUCUAAAGAAUACUAGCAACGACACCGACAAGAGUCAAGUUAGCAUCUUCCUUCACACAAAGUUGUUGGAAUGGCUAGAAUGCCUAAGCCUGUUGGACAGGCUACCGAAAGCCAUUGACGCGCUUAAAGCAUUGGAAGAUAUAUUGAAAGAUGACACUCUAGCGUUAGCACUCGUGCAGGAUGCUAUGCGUUUUUUAAUGCGACACUACCACACUUUGUGGCACUGGCCAUUGCAGAUCUACAGCUCUGCCAUCAUCUUUAGUCCUGAAUCAAGUGUUGUUAAGAGGGAAAAUAUGCACAAAAUUCCUGCGUGGCUGGGGAGAGCUCCGCCCAUGGAGGACAGGUGGACGCCUAUGAUACAGACAUUAGCAGGCCAUUCAGAGACUGUCUGGAGGGUCGCCUUCUCACCUGACGGCAAGCAAAUAGCAUCAGGCUCUGACGAUGGUUCAAUUAAGAUCUGGGAUACUACUACAGGUAGCCUCCAGAAGACACUAUCAGGGAGCCACCCGAAAACGUCAUCAGGCCACUGGAAGCAUAUCACGGCUUUGGCUUUCUUACCAGAUAGCAAGCUGAUGAUAUCGGGCAAUUAUGAUGGCUCUAUUAUGCUUUGGGAUACCACCGCAGGUGAACGUCAGGAGAUAGCCGACCACUUCGGCAUAUCGAAGGUCAACUAUUCCCACUUGCAGCCACCUGAAGAGGGCGGGUUUGGGCUCCACGCCGGGGCUUUCUCGACGGAUUGCAAACAGAUCGCAGCAUUCGGUUGGUCGCGUGAUACUACAGCUAUCAUGCUUUUAGAUACUGCUACAUGGGAACUCCAGAAGAUACUUGAAGGCCAUUCACAGCGAUGCUUAACUCUGGCCUUUUCAUCAGACAACAGGCAGCUUGUAUCAGGCUCUGCGGACUGCACAGUCCGGCUCUGGGACACUACCACAGGUGACCUUCAGAAGACGUUAGUUGGCCACACAGAAAUGGUUCAGAGUGUGGCCUUCUCACCAGAUGGCAAGCAGAUUGUAUCAGGCUCUAAUGACGCCGUCAAUUUGUGGAAUGCUGCAACAGGGGACCUCCAUAAGACACUGGCAAGCGAUGCUGCCAGUAGUGUGGCCUUCUCACCCGACAGUAAGCAGAUCGCAGCAGGCUUUGAAAAUGGCAAAAUCCAUAUUUGGGAUGCUGCAGGAAUUCUUCAGAAGACGUUAGAACGCCAUCCAGGGACAGUUAUGUCUAUUGCCUUCUCACCAGACGGCAAGCAGCUUGUUACAUGCUCAACUGAUUCGGCUAUCAAGCGUUGGGAUAAUACCAUAGAUGGCAUCCAAGAAGCCGUAGGCCACUCAAGGCAUGUUACAACUGUGGUCCUCUCACCAGACGGCAAGGUGAUUGCAUCAGGCUCUGCUGACAAGACUAUCAAGCUUUGGGAUGCUGCAACAGGCCAUCUCCAGAAAACUCUAGCAGGGCAUCUAAACACAAUAGAGACUGUGGUCUUUUCACUAGACAACAGGCAGAUCGCCUCAUGCUCGUCCGAUGCAGUCAAUAUCUGGAAUGCUGCCACAGGUGACGUCCAGAACUCACUUGAGAGCGACGACGCGUUCAAAACUGUGGCCUUCUCACCUAACGGCAAGCAGAUCGUAUCAGGCCAUUGUAACGGCAGGAUUAAGCUCUGGGAUACGGCCACAGGCAAUCUCCAGAAGACAAUGGCAGGCUACACAAGCAGAUUUGAUACCCUGGUGACAACGGAGAUCUUCGAUAUUCAACUCUCGAAGCAGAUCUUCGAUACCCAAGUCACGAAGCUGACCUUCUCACCUGAUGCCAAGCUAAUUUUAUCAGCCUCCGCUGAUAGAGUCAUUAAGCUGUGGGAUGCUGCAACAGGAGACUUCCAGAAGAGACUACCAUGCCAUUCAGACAGCAUCAUUACUGUGGCCUUUUCACCCAAACCAGGCUAUCCAGACUGGAUCUUUUCAGUGGCCUUUUCAUCAGACAGCCAGCAUAUCGCAGCAGUCUGUGCCGAUAAAACCAUCCGGGUUUGGAGCAUCGAAAAAUCCCUCAAAGCCUCAAAGUAUCUGGGGCGUGCUGUCGGUAGCCAUAUCAAGUCGUCCCGGCCAUGGAAGGAGAUCAAGACAUCCGCUCAGGUGUAUGCCGUAGAAUUUGGCGCAGGCAACCGAUACCUUGCAACAGACAUUGGACCAAUAGCACUCGAGAGCACCCCGACAGAAGGAGAGGAGGAGCUGCCAGUGAGGUCAGAUUCGGAUUCGGAUUCAUUGCAGAACCUCUGUCUCCGAGAUCAGUGGUUAUGCUAUGGGGCCAUGCCCUUCCUUCGGCUAUUGCCUGAUUUCUAUGCUACUCGUUGGGAUACGCACGGCGAUCGAGUGGUUGUCGGAUUCGACAACGGUCAAGUCUCAAGCUUCAAUAUUGAUCGACGGAGCUUACAAACAUACUGGGAAACACUUGAGCCAUGA